GAUUGACCAGUGUUCACCAUGGUCCGAACAUUUAACUACUUGCCCCUCUUCAUAGCCAUCUCCCUGCCCCUCCACGUGUCCUGUAUAGACUACCAGGAACUGGGGACCUUCCCCGUGGCUUUCCCGGCCUUUUCCACCCUGGUGCGGGCCGAGGGUGAACCGCUUCCGUCUGACCAUGUGUACGAUCUGUUUCUGUCGUCGUUUACCGUUGAUCCGGGCGCAACCGGCCAUGUGUGGGGGGUUCACGAUGUGGGGAGGACGAUCAACGAGCCAGACGAGAUACGGCCUACUCUGAUCAGUGACGUUUUUGCCUGGCCAAACGAAAUCACCAUAGUGCCUGAGACAGUGUUUUCUGAAUCAGGAGUGGUUUGCGUCUGUUCCGGCCGCCUCCCGCCCAAGAACAAUGGUUCCGUGGCGCUGAUAGCAGGCUGGCCGGGUAAUGUAGCCGAUGCCGUGCUGAUCUCAGGCGCCCCCCAGCGGCAGCUGUGGUCCUACACCCGAGCGCCACAGUGGGUUGACAUGAAUGGCGAUGGCCGACUGGAUGCCGUGGUGGCGAGAUUGUCGUUUGUUUUCAAUCCUCCUCCAAAUCCUCCGACAACGCAAGGUGAACUAGUUUGGUUUGAACAACCAGUGUCCAGUGGGCUACAGACCCCAAACUGGUCAUCCCAUGUGGUCAUCCAAGGUCCGGAAUUCGAGUCCUUGGCUGUCCGACUGACCACCGCAGGAGGUGUGGAGAAGCUGGCGUUCCUCUGCCCGGAGUAUUUUGGCAGGAGAUUUCGUAUCGUUUGGACAGAAGACCCCGGUGACAUCUGGACGGACCCGACUCUGAUCAGAACCGCGACCAUUGAUGGCGAUAGCGAGCGGUACGUCGACGUACAGUUGACUGAUGUGAACGGAGAUGGAAAAGACGACUUGCUGGUGGUGACAAGUAGUGGAACGAACGGAACCGUUCGGGUGUACGAGAUCCCCGAAGAUUUCCGCAAUGGCACCUGGGAACGACAUGUUAUCGCCAGUGGGUUCUCUGUCCAAGGGAAUGUGACGCAGGGUGAAGGAACACCAGGUUUAGCAGUACUACUCAGGCGUGAUUCGAAAAAGCCACCCAUCCUGCUGUCUGGGGACGACGACGGGCACGCGUACCUUCUCGUUCCCAGCUCUGACGACCCUGCAGACUGGUCUUACCAGAAACGCCCCCUGUUGGCGAGUACGGGAAUUGUAGGCGGCGUCUCGGCUGCUGACAUAGACGGCGAUGGCAAUAUCGAGGCCUUCAUUUCUGCGUAUGGUGAGGACAAGGUUCACGUCUUCCGGUUUACUGAUGCUGAAAACGGAAGUGACGUCAGAAUGGUGAACUCUGGGACUGUGGGCCUGCUAUCGGUCAUUGUAGCUUGGCUGGUGCACUAUGGGUAGUUGUAUCAACAGGGCCACGUGUACUACUCCGUGAAUGU